AUGAAAGACUUGCAAUCCAUCUCGCAAGUAUACGACAUCUCUGUGUUUGGCAAGGCCAACUCAGGCAAAUCCAGUCUCAUUCAAAGAUAUAUCCACGGCAAAUUCAUUGGAAAUGUGGACCCAACAGUUCAAGAUCUAUACACCAAAUAUAGAGGCCCAGACCUUCAUCCAAUAACCAUCUUGGACACAGUCAACAUUGUGGAGGAGUACUCUACUUCAGGCAAGUCCCAAGUGAGACACUGUCGAGGGUUCAUGUAUGUCUACUCUGUGACAAGUAGAGAGACCUUUGAGUAUGUUGAAGAACUUCACAAUAAGCUCCAGUAUCUCUUGGGUGCUGAAUCCACAACUCCCCCUAUAGUGUUGGUAGGGAGCAUGUGUGACUUGGAAAUGGAAAGACAAGUCAGCACCUUAGAAGGUAAAGAGAUGGCAGAGAGAAUUGGCGCCAUGUAUUUCCAUGAAGCAAGUUCAUUAUGGGGAACAUCUGUAACCGAAGCAUUUGAACCCUUAGUAUCACACUCUGCAUCUCAAGUAAAAGAUGACCACCCCACUAAGAUAAUCUCAGACUCCCAUCCCCGAGAGAUCUUAUCGCUUCAACAGAUGCUCUUGUCACCAGUUGUGUCGUUGAACGAUCUGUCUGCCACCAAAGUUGACACCUAUUUGGACAAGACCACGGUCAAGCUUCCAGUAAGAACCGAGACCGAUGCUUCAAUCGAAACAACAGUCAGUGAAGAUCAAAAGACAGAAUCUAAGGAAAGCCUGUCGGUAAGAAACAAGCAAUCGCGACCUAUCAAUAACAACAGUGGUUCCAAGAAAAAGAAUGCUGAUGGUAGUCGCUGUUGUGUCAUUAUGUGA